CUAUCAAAUGAAUAUCAAGCUUUCUUUCCCUCUUGCUAUCGAAUCCCAACCACAGAAACAAGCGGUCAUGAGAGCUCGUCUUUCCCACCUCUAAAACAAGACCAUCUGGCUUUCCCUCCCAUGGCCAUGGCCUCCACAAUAGCUCCUCAAGCUUCAUACUCUCUCAUACGCAAAGCCCAAAACAGUGGCCACUUACGAGAAGAGUACCACCCAACGCUAAAAGGAGCAAAAUCAAGAAGUUCAAGAAGAAACCAUGAUAAUAGUUUGCGCGUCUUUGCAUCACAGCAAGAACCACCAAAACCCCAAAGAGCACCACCAGGAGUUGACACAAGAAUCCAUUGGGAUAAUGAAGAUGAAGGUUGGAUUGGAGGAAGCACUAGUUCCCAGCAAGAACAACAACAACAACAAAGCAAUGAACCAAAGGAGCAGAAGAAUCUAUUGGGUGAGAAGUUUGCUGAUUUGCUAAACGACUCAUCCGAUUCUCAUUACCAGUUCUUAGGAGUAUCAGCAGAAGCAGAUAUGGAAGAGAUCAAAGCUGCUUACAGAAGAUUAUCAAAAGAGUACCAUCCAGACACAACUUCUCUUCCACUAAAAGUUGCUUCAGACAAGUUCAUGAGGCUUAGAGAGAUAUACCAUGUACUGAGCGAUGAAGAAACCCGUAGAUUUUAUGAUUGGACACUUGCUCAGGAGGCUGCAAGCCGCAAAGCCGAGAAACUGAAAAUGAAAUUGGAGGAUCCUUACAAGCAAGAUGUAGAGAACUGGGAAUCUGUUCCUGACAUGGUUGAUCGCCUUGGUGGAAAGAACAUGGAGCUAGGUGAUCAAGCAACCGCAGCCCUUGGCUUUGAUAUUAUCGUCAUUAUUUUUUCCAUUUUUAGUAUCAUUUUUGCUCUUUACUUCAAAGAACCAUACUAAUCAAGAAUAGCUUAGAGCCUUGUAUUAUAAAUGUAAUGUAUAUAAAGUGACCCCUCAUUCCAAGUUCACAUCAAACUAUAUAUUGUGGCUACAAUCAUGAAAGUUCACUUGUUUAUGUGAUUGAACAUGAUUUAUGUGCUA